CAUGGACAACCUGUAUCCGGGAUUUCCCUUAUUAGAAAAUAUUUCAUUAAAGUUAUGUGCAACGUCAAUUAAGAAUAAGUCGCAGUUGCAUUUGGCUGGAUAAAAGAGUUAAAGAAUUUAUUUUCUUCAAAAAUGGAAAGCAAAUCAACAGUCGUCGAAUUUUCGGAUGUGCAGUGGGAUAAAUUGUUGGAGAAAGCUGUUGCCUAUCAACAAAAUUUUUAUGAAUUACUUCCAGAUUGGACGGUAUGUAAAAAAGAUGAUUAUAAAUUAAUUAAACAAAAUAUAGGAUAUGCUAUUUGUGGUUCACCAUUUUCUGAAUCAACUUCUGAUUCGAAUAAUAUUUUAUCUAUUGAUACUGAAAACAUAACAGAUGAUACUGAUAUAAAUGAUCUUAUUCAAUAUUCUCCUCAAAUGGAACAAAUCAUAAGUGUUAUUUUACAUAAGAUUUUACGAUACAGUUGUGAACCUAAUACCAAUUUAAUACAUUAUGGAAUCGUAUAUAAUAUGAUAUUUCGUAAUAAAAUAACUGACCAAUGUAAAAUGAAGGCUGAAGAAGAAAUAAUUGGUCUGCCUGUAUUUAAAUUAAAACACUAUAAUAACGAGAAGAAUUUUAUUGUUUGGUAUUUGGAUAUUCAAGGUAGAAUAUACGAAAAUUGGGAAGAUUAUAUAUUGAAUAAUAAGUUUCCAAAGUGUACAAUGGUCUAUCCAAAAGAUGGUUAUUACCAACCAAAUCCGGAUUUUCAAAUUACUCCAGAUUGUUCAACUGUAUGGUUAAUUGCUAAAGACUCUUAUGAAUGUUCGAGUCGUGCACAUGUUAUAUCUACAAUUAACUACACAGUUAAUACGGUAGGCCCAGCUGUUACCGUUGGCGUAGGAGUUGUAUCACUCUUUACUCCUGUUGGUCCACUAGUUGCUGCGGCAGGACAAACAGCGAUGUUUGUGCAAGGUGUUUGGAGUGCUGGGAAUUGUGCAUCAGAAUUAUAUGAUAAAUCCAUACACAAAGAAUCCAUCAGUCCAUUUAAUGGAGGCAAUUUAUCUCUUUGGUUAGGAAUAUCUGGAUUUACUGUUGCAUUAGUACUUCAAGGUAGUACUGUUCUUCUUAAGAAAGCUGCUGAAGAAGGUGUAAGAGUCAGUCAAACAGCUAUGACAGUAUACGACGUUAUAUUAGUAACCAAUAUAUCCAUCAAUUUGAUCGGUAUUGGUUAUAAAGGUUUCCAAAUUUACAACAAGUAUAAAGAAUCAGAAAGAGUUGAUAUUCAAGAUAUCUUUUAUUUAGGAACUCAUGUAUUGUUCUUUAUGAAUUCCGUGAUAAAUAUUCAAUUUGCUAAAGAUGUAAUUAGAACGACACAAGGAUUAGUAUUAAAAGAGUUUGAAAAGAAUCUACGCGAUGAGAAUUUGCGUAAACGUUAUCAAUAUGCAAAAGAGAAAGCUAAUGCGGAAUUUAAUACAAAUCAAAUGGAAGAAAAUGCUGCUAUUAUACGAAACUUUAAAUAUUAUGCGAUGAAUGAUGUAACGGGGGAAAUAACAAGUAAUCAUUUUCCUACAACGUCGACUUCUUUGUUAAACUUUGAAGGUGGACAAUUAAAAAUCCAUGGAAUACCUUUAAUAGAUCCGAUGUUAUUAAUUGUUACAUUAGGUAAAACGUUUUUGAGAAAUAUCGACGAAUCAAAUUCAUCAUCAACUGACAACAGUUCAAAUAAACUCAAACAAUUACUUAAUAUGUUACUCAUCAAUUUGUCUAAGAAUACUGAUAAUCAAAGUAGACGAAAAAUACCUAUUGUUAAUGAUUUUAACAAUCUCAUAAAUGACUUGAAGAGAAUUAAAAAGUCUGAAGAUAUAUUACCUUUUAUAUUCAAUACAGCUGUAUAUAUAUUAAGGAGUAAGAAUAAGAUUGAGUUUUUGGUUGAAGCAUGUCGUUACGUAUGGGAUUAUAUGAAAGUAAAUAUGAAACAAGCAGGAUAUGAUGUAUUUAAUACAUCUGAGAAUAGUGAUGAUAAUAAAAAUUGCAUCAAAUAUAUGCGAUGUCUUUUUAUAUCAAUAUAUGAAGCAGUUGACGUUAUGAUGCAACGCUUUUUUGACGCUCUUCAACAAUACAUAAUUAUGAUUAAUAAAAAUUCAUCGCAAUUUAAUGGUAAAAAUUAUCAUAAAUAGAUUAUUGUUCAAUUACUAUAUUUUUUAUAUAUGCAUUUGUGUAUAUAAUCUUAAAGAAAUAUGCUUGGUAUUUGCAGCAAUGAAUUUUCGAAUUUUUAAAGUCAA